GUCUUUGAAUCCCGACGGCCGAGGGAAAAGUUUACUGUGUGAACUGGAAGCGCGAUCGUGAAUUCCUGUGAGAGACAGAGAGAGAGGAUGAAUGUUACGACUCGGAGGCACUCGCCACAAUUAUCCCAUUAAAGUGGUCCUCGCCAGCGUCCUGGGAAAUCUCGUUUGGGCAGAGGGGAUGCCCUGUGUCCAGUAAAGGUGGCGCGCGUCCUGUUGCGCUGGCAGACGGCGAUACUUUGCUUUUGGAUGGGAAGCCGCUGCUGGUGACACUCCGUGGUGCAGCCCUGUCCGCUGCACUUAAUGAUGAGAGGACAGGGGUGAGGGGGUUUCGCUGUGUGCCCCCCUCUCCCCCACCCCAACUUUAACCGAUAUUAGCCGGAUUGCCAUGAGGACCCGUAUGAUCAUAGUUUAAUCACUGAAGGCACAACUGGGGAGCAUUCGCUGAUUUUUCAAGAGACGGUUGGAAAUCAUGUUGGACUUCAGAUUAUUGACAUACUUUGCGUUAAGCACUUUUUUGAUUUUGGUUUAUGUCGUUCAUAACGUAAAAGGUGCCAACAUCUGCAUGAGCGGAAGGGCCACGUCCUGUGAAGAGUGCCUCCUCAUCCAUCCUGACUGCAGCUGGUGCUCCCAAGAGGAUUUCGGCAGCUCGCGCACUGUGACUUCAAGAUGCGACUAUGUGGAAAACCUAAAGAGGAGGGGCUGUAAUAAAGCCUUCAUUGAGAGUCCCAAGAGUAGCAUGAAAGUCCUGAAGAACACCCCUCUGAGCAUUAAGGGGUCUGGCUUUACCCAGUAUGAUGUCAUCCAGAUAGCACCUCAGAGACUCUCCCUGGAUCUGCGACCUGGUGCUGUAACAUCAUUUGGGGUGCAAGUCAGACAGGUGGAGGAUUAUCCCGUGGAUCUCUAUUACCUCAUGGAUCUCUCCCUCUCAAUGAAAGACGACUUGGACACAAUCCGCAACCUGGGAACCAAACUGGCGGAAGAAAUGAAGAAGCUUACCAGUAAUUUCCGCCUUGGCUUUGGCUCUUUCGUCGAUAAAAACCUCUCACCUUUCUCUUACACUGCGCCCAAAUAUCAGAACAACCCAUGUUAUGGGUAUAAACUUUUUCCUCAAUGCGUCUCCUCUUUUGGUUUCCGUCACCUCCUCUCCCUGACAGACAAGGUGGAUCGGUUCAAUGAGGAAGUCCAGAAACAAAUGGUGUCCCGGAACCGAGAUGCUCCAGAAGGGGGGUUUGAUGCAAUCUUGCAGGCAGCUGUUUGUAAGGAGAGGAUCGGCUGGAGGAAAGAAGCUUUGCACUUACUGGUUUUUGCCACAGAUGACGUCCCACAUCUUGCUCUUGAUGGGAAACUGGGUGGGCUGGUGCAGCCGCACGAUGGCCAGUGCUAUCUGAAUGACAAAAAUGAAUACAGCGCCUCGACCAAGAUGGAUUACCCUUCACUUGCACUUUUGGGAGAAAAACUGGCAGAAAAUAACAUCUACCUGAUCUUUGCGGUAACCAAAAGACACUAUAUGAUUUACAAGAACUUCACAGCAUUAAUUCCUGGAACAACAGUGGAAAUCCUAGACCAGGACUCAAAAAAUAUAAUCCAACUGAUCAUUAACUCCUACAAUAGUAUUCGUUCCAAGGUCGAGCUGACCGUCUGGGAUCAUCCAGAAGACAUUAGUCUAUCCUUCACUGCAACUUGCCAAGAUGGACGACCUCGACCUGGCCUCAGAAAGUGCGGUGAUCUCAAGAUCGGUGAUACGGUGUUUUUCAAUGUAUCUGUUGAAGCCAGGACUUGCCCUCCACCCAGCACCAGGCACAUGUUCACCAUCAAACCUGUUGGCUUCAAGGAUACCUUGGAGGUGGCCAUCACCUAUAAUUGUGCCUGUGACUGCACGAGGGACACAGAGGUCAACAGCACAAAAUGCAGCAGCAUAGGCACUUAUACCUGUGGCAUCUGCAAGUGUGAUCCUGGCUACCUUGGUGCCCAGUGCGAGUGUCAGGAGGGUGAAGGUAGCAGCAUGUACCAAACUCUGUGCCGGGAAACAGAAGGCAAGCAGAUGUGCAGCGGACGAGGAGAGUGCAGCUGCAACCAGUGCCUGUGCUUUGAGAGCGAAUUUGGGAGGAUCUAUGGGACGUUCUGUGAGUGUGAUGACUUUUCCUGUGCCCGACACAAAGGCAUUCUGUGCUCAGGCCAUGGAGAGUGCCACUGUGGAGAGUGCAAGUGCCACGCUGGCUUCAUCGGGGACAACUGCAAGUGUUCUACAGAAACAGAUACUUGUCUUUCAAAUGAUGGCCAGAUGUGCAGCGGCCGUGGGACCUGUGUUUGUGGCAAAUGCCAGUGUAGUGAACCAGGAGCCUUUGGUGACACUUGUGAGAAAUGUCCCACCUGCCCCGAUGCAUGUGGUACUAAGAGAGAAUGUAUUGAGUGCCGGCUCUUUAAUUCGGGAAGACUCGCGGAUAACCAAACGUGCGAAAAACUUUGCAAAGAUGAGAUUGUCACAGUGGAUAAACUCGAAACAGACGACCAGCACACCGUUCUGUGCCUGUACAAAACGGAAAAGGACUGCGUGAUGAAGUUCACUUACUCGGAACAUGCCAGCGGCAAGUCGGUGCUCUCGGCCCUUAAAGAGCCAGAAUGUGGCAGUCCUCCAGACGCCAUGACCGUCCUCCUGGCCGUUGUAGGCAGCAUCUUAUUGAUUGGCAUCGUGCUGCUUGCUAUUUGGAAGCUGGUGAUCACGAUCCAUGACAGGAGGGAGUUUGCCAGGUUCCAGAGUGCCCGCUCCAGAGCUAGAUAUGAGAUGGCCUCUAAUCCCCUGUACAAGCAGCCCAUCUCAAGCCACGCCGUGGAGACCAUGUUUAACAUGCAAAGCAAGUCGUACAACGGCAUGGCUCGUUGACUUCAUGUGGGGUUUGUGGAGGGGGGGAGCGACUCCAAGUCGUGCUUGUGCAAGAAAAUCGUAACCCUGGGCGGUGGAGACCGGACUGUCACUGGCUACGAGUGUGACCAGGAGAAGGCAUCCAUCAGGCCGGGGACAUGUCACGUAAAGAUGACAUUGGUACAGGAAUUCCAGAAUGGUCCUGUGGCAUGGGAUUUUAUGGUUUUUUUUUUCUACAGAGGCUUUUAAAGUGCCAGAUGAUUUUUUUUUUCCUCUCAAAUAAUGGGUUUAACUAGGAUGAAGAGUUUUGACUGCGCGGGAGGGACCCCCUUAAGCCUGUCAUCCUCUUUUGUUCGGUUUGCUAGGGAUGGAUGGCUUUGUAACUCUGAAAACAGAAAAGCACUUUUUAUAUACUGGGCAUCCUAAGUAACAUUUCUAUCUGGGUGGGCAUUCAGCCUGCUAUUGACCCUCUGAAGCAAAGAACUGAGGAAUCUUUACUUUAAUAAUAAACCUUGCGUGUCGCCUGCUA